AAGCAAUACAAAGAAGCAGCUGUAAUGAGCUGUCAACAUAAUGUUGGCUAAAACUUCUAUAAAUAAUCCCAUCAAAAAUUAAAGACUUUUCACCAAUCAAAUUCAAGUGUGAUAAACACCCACUAGAAUAGGAAUAGUGUACUUCAUUUGAUCCCGAUCUCUAAGCAAAUAGCUCAGAAAAUCAUGUCUAAUUUGAUUGAGAAAGGGACUAAGAUCAUUGGUGUUGGUCGUAACUAUGUCGACAACAACCCUGCUCCUAUGCCCAAGGAACCAGUACUGUUUUUGAAGCCGACAUCAUCGUACUUAGCAAAUGGAGGAACCAUAGAGAUUCCAGCAUCAAUGGAGAAAGUAGGAGUAUGGUAUGAAGCUGAGCUUGCUGUUGUUAUUGGCAAGAAAGCUCGUGAUGUUUCUGAAGCCGACGCCCUCGAUUAUGUUGCAGGUUAUGCUUUUGGGCUUGAUAUGACUGCAAAGGAACUCCAAGCUACAAUUAAGGCUUCUGGUCUUCCAUGGCUUUUGGCUAAAGGACUAGACACAUUCACACCCAUCAGUGAAAUGAUUCCGAAAUCUCAAGUGCCUGAUCCUCAUGACUUGGAGUUGUGGCUUAAGGUUGAUGGAGAAUUAAAGCAGAAGGGAUCAACAAGAGAUAUGAUUUUCAAGAUACCUUACCUUAUCAGCCACAUUAGCUCUUUCAUGACCCUUCUUGAAGGAGAUGUAAUCCUUACAGGCACCCCAGAAGGAAUUGGAGCAGUGAAAGCAGGUCAGAAAAUAACAGCAGGUAUAACAGGUCUGGUAGACGUUAAUUUUAAUGCUGAAUUGCGGGGCAUACCAGUAAGCACUUAAACAUUAUCAUUUGGCAUGGCAGUCAUAUCUUGUGGAAGCAUGAUUAUUCAUUAGGUUGUUUCAAGUUUUUGUUUUAAGUUGUAUGUAGUGAGAGGUGUGCUCAUAUUGUUCUUUGAACUGAAUUGCAGCUUAUGUUUAUCAGUCAAUAAAAUUUUGCAUGAUUUAUGUUUGUAUUGUUUUCAACAAGUUAGUAUUACAAAGUAAUAAUGCUACAAUUGAAUAGUAAAUACAAUUGUAGCCACCGUUGUAUUUGGCAAAUGAUCUUCAUAAACUUUAUCGGUUUUUAGACCGAUAUGUUUUAAUGUGAUAAUAAAUUUGUUCUUGUCA